AUGUCCUCCUCAACAGCUAAUCGUGGGUUAUCGCACCCCGGAGCUCCCCGCCUCGUAGCAUUCGAGUUCACCUCGCCCGCCAAUGCAGGCAAUAAAAAAAACAGCCUCAUCUUCAUCGGCGGCCUCACCGACGGACUCUGCACCGUCCCCUAUGUCUCCAAGCUCGCCGAAGCUCUGGAGGAGACAGAAUGGUCGCUCUUCUCGAUCCUGCUCUCUUCAUCCUACGGCGGCUGGGGCGUCAGCAGUCUCGACCGCGACGUCGAGGAGAUCGCACAGUGCGUGCGGUACAUUCGAGAUCUGAAAUCUUCUCGGCUGCCGGGAGCGCCGUCGCAGUCGGGCAAGAUUGUGAUCAUGGGUCAUUCGACCGGCAGCCAGGAUGUGCUGCACUAUAUCUACUCGGCUAACCCCCUUGUGGCCAAUGAAUUUCAGAAGGGCGUUCAGCAUCUGGUCCGGCCGGAGCUUGAUGGCGCAAUUCUGCAGGCACCGUGUUCGGAUCGAGAAGCGUUUAUGAUGCACCGCGAGGCGUCGGCUGAGCCGCAUAAGAUCCGAGGUGUUUUUGACCAGCUUGUCCACUUUGCACGGAGCCAGCCGUACACCGAGGACAAGAGUGACUCCCUGCUUCCGUUAAAUAUGACUAGUAUGCUUGGAUUACCGCCUGAUCCGCUCAGCGCUCGGAGAUUCCUGAGUCUGGCAAGUCCGGACAGUCCCGCGAACCCGUCGGAAGAUGAUCUGUUCAGUUCGGACUUGAGCGACGAGCGCCUAAAGCAGACUUUCGGGAUGAUUGCAACCCAAGGUAUCAUGCGAUCGAAGCUUAUGGUGUUGUAUUCCGGCGAAGAUGAGUAUUGUCCAGAGUGGGUGGACAAGGAGAAGCUGCUUCGGAGGUGGAAAGCUGCCGCGGAAGCUGGUGGCGCUUCUUGGGAUGUGGAGAACAGCGCGAUCGUUGCUGGUGCAAGCCACGCUGUCGAUUCGAUUGGCCAGGCGGAAUUGGUUGAGCGGGUGCUACGCUAUCUGCGGAGUCUUUGA